AUGCCGCGAGGGCGCCUGGCUCGGGGCGUCCGCGCGGUGGUGCUGCCGCGUGCUGAUGUGCGCUUCUGUUGCCGGGCGCGGCCAGAGGCCGGGGAGAUCAGGCUGCCCUUGCAGACGGACGGCGCGCUGGCCGCGGGCGCGCAGGCGCAGCCCGCGCAGCAGGCGCAGCAAGAGCAGCAGCUGCAGGACUCGCAGGCGCAGCAGGCGCCACAGGCGGAGAAGCAGCAGCAGCAGCAGGACUCGCAGGAGCAGCCCCAGCAGGCGCAGCAAGCUCAGCAGGCGCAGCAAGCUCAGCAGGCGCAGCAAGCUCAUCAGGCGCAGCAGGCGCAGCUGGCGCUACAAGCGCAGACGCCCCCGCAGCAGCAGAACGGGACGGUGAAGGUGCCAAUCGAGCCCAAUGGCUCCGACGCGGACUCUGCUUCAGUGCUGGCGUGGGCGUCGCUGGUGCACUGGCCGUCGGAGCGGCGCGUGUGGCACAAGGCGCUGUGGGUGGCGGUGUGGCCCAUCCACCUCGUCUUCCUCGUCACCAUCCCGGACUGCGAGAAGCCCCGCUUCAAGCGCUGGUUCCCACUCACCUUCGUCAUGUGCAUCCUGUGGAUCGGCAGUCUCUCCUACGUCGUCGCCUGGAUGAUCACCAUCAUAGGUGACACGCUGAGGAUCCCUGACUCGGUGAUGGGCAUCACCUUCCUGGCGGCCGGCACCAGCGUCCCGGAGGCCGUGUCCAGCGUCAUCGUCGCCAAGCAGGGUGAGCGCCCAAUAGCAGCCCACGAAGGAGCUUACUUUCCCGCUCCAUUCACUUUUUAA